UCUAUUGUCGCAAGUCGAUGGAAAAUAAGUUGUAGGUCCUUUAAUAAGCUGUGGGGGGCAGCAACUCAAAAGUCGUGCCAAAUAAAAAAAGAAGAAGUAGCCUAUGGGUAAACAACACUGAGAACUACAGUAAAUGCAUCCCCAGUAAAAUAAGCCAAGACCAUGGCCGCGUCCUCUUCGUCGUCCUCUGCGGGAGGAGUGAGUGGAAGUUCAGUGACAGGCUCGGGGUUCAGCGCCUCAGAGCUCAUACCGCCCAGGAAGGUCCUCUACACAUACCCGAAGGGUGCGGGUGAAAUGAUGGAAGAUGGAUCUGACAGAUUUCUAUGUGAGUCCGUAUUCAGCUACCAAGUGGCAUCGACAUUAAAACAAGUGAAGCAUGAUCAACAGGUGUCGCGAAUGGAGAAACUUGCAAGUUUAGUCGAAGAGCUGGAGGCAGAUGAAUGGCGAUACAAGCCCAUCGAGCAGUUACUGGGAUUCACUCCAUCAUAAAUAAAUAAUUAUGAUAAAGUUCCAGUGGCCUUUGGUUGCAUUUCCUUCAGAUGGACUGCUUAGCAAAGAUGCAAUAUUUAAUGCGUCUUCCUUUUAUAUUGUAUAAAACAGAUUGUUAUUAUUCUACAGUAAUGUGUUGUUUUUCUCCAUAUGUGAACACACAAUAAGUGUUUUUAUCCAGUUCUUGCUGUAGCAUUUGUUCUGUUUCCAUUUCCAACAUUGGAACUAUAUCACUUUGCUGUGCCACCGUCAUCAUGAAUAGUUCCAGUACACAUUGUUUUCUGGAAAGCUUGUGUUAUUGCUGUUUACCUGUGUUGACCUUCGGUACACCCUCCUGGGUGUGUGAAAACAAGAAUUACACAUAACUCCUGCUCUUUAUUGGCAUCAUAACAACUGCCCAUAAAGGUAAGCCUUAUUUGUAUUUCUCAAUUUCAAACUUAUUCUUGGCCAUUUAUAAAAGGAUCUUGGAUUACUUAAAAAAAAAUCUACUUUGCCAUGUUUUAUUUUAUACCGUUGUAUUUUUCUUACUAGCUGUCUGCUAUAUAAAAUUGGUAAGGCAAAUGCAGAUGUUAUACUAUAUGCAGAAAUCAUGUAAAACGAAAUGUUUUAAUAUGUACCUUAGUUCAAUGGUUUAUGUUGAAUAUACAUUCAACUGUGUAUUGUUUUUAUUGUUCACUGCUUCAGCACAGGCGGUAAUAAACGGUUAUCUUAUCUAAACUUUUCAUUUGUUUUGAAGACUGUAGACCUCAAAGUUCCUGCCAGUGAAUAGAUGUUAUCAUACGAGUGGUGGUUGUACAAAAUGUACUGUUCGAGGAGCGGACUAUAUGCUUCCUCUUUUUGUUCUCCUUUUUUUUUUUUUUUUAACAUAUCGCAGAUAACUGUCACAUGACAUAGGACACCUUGAGCUGAAUCUCAGAUAUACUUAACAACUAUGUCCUGGCUAUUAUUAUGCAAAUUUAAGAAUUCAAUGACUGAAGUUUUAACUUUAUUCUGAAGGUAAACUAACUUUCCUUAAACUUCUACAUGUGUAUAGUUGAACCCACAAAAAUAUCUGCAUGCACUAUGAAAUCUAAUCUAAAUGCAAACGUGUCCAUCCGGGCUGACAGUUGAAGAUGUUAUUGCAUCGGAUCGAAAUGAUAACAAGGAACUUAGAACAUUCUGUGCUUUCUGCAGUGUUGUUUUCUCGGAGCUCCGCCUCGCAGUAGAAAAGCCUUCACACCCCACUCACUCCCUCCCUCCCUCCCGUAUUUUUCCACAGCAUAUACGGUAUCAGGACUCUCGGUCAACAAACUUGGGAUACGUCUUAAACAUCCUGGGAGCUUUUCAGCUUGUUUAUCUCGCAAGUUGAGCUCUUCCUGUUGACAUACACAUGUAGGCCACCACUAUAGGCUAAUUCUGUCAGUGGAAUCCUAUUCCCUUCUUCUUGUUGUACAUGGGAUGGGAUUGGGACAUACCUGUACACAUAAGGAUUAAGUCAUAGGCUAUGACCUGCAAUGUGCAGAAUGCAUUGCAAGAUAUUGGCCAUUACAACUUGACAGUGGCGAUACAUUAUUCACCUUGUACAAUGUACAAUGUACAAGGUGAAUUUGCCUUUGUCUUGCUUUCUGGGACAAGUACAAUGGGCUGCAUACGAAUGUUGUUUUCAAAAAUAUUCACACAUACAACUGCAUCCUAUUAUAACAUCUAACAUUAUGUACUCGAAUUGUAUGUCCUACUGUAUUGUACUGUCAAAAACGAUGCGUUGUUGGUUUUUUUUUUUAACUCGAACGCAUUCACCGAUAGCCCAAAAACAUGAUGUAAUGUUUGAGCAAAACAAAUGACGUAAUGUGCACUGCAACACUGAACCAGUGGAGUUUUGCAUAUUUUAACCAUUUCAACUCUUCUUGGUUCCUGGAGAGCAGUUUAGUUUAGUUUUUUUGUUUGUUUGUGGAUGUUAAACAAUUAAACGUAUCUUUGUCCGGGCAUGUUCUUGGAAAUUUCCACAACACUAAUGUCCUAUUGUCACCCCAGCCCCCUUUUUUUCUUCUGUUUCCUCUUCUCUGCUGGCAUGUUACCAGGCAGGCUAUAGCGUUGCUGCCGUGCCUCUCUUUUUGAUUGGCUAAUCGACGAGAAUGGGCGUGUGCUAACCACUGCGGUAUAAAUACAUUGUUGCGAAGAAAGAAAGCUGCAGAGCUGAGCAGCUGAUGAAACGGAUCAGUACUAGCAGAGACAGUCUAGAUAGCUCUUGGUUUUAUGGAACUUCUUACAGUUUUCGGUUCCUAACGACGCUUCUGCAGCUUUAUACUUUACU